UUGGACUCGGCCCUCUCUCUCUCACACACAGCUCUCAUAUUGACCAUUGACUGGGAGAAGAAGGUGAAUCCAGAGUCUGGUGGAUUCACUCUCUGUCUGCGUGCAACCCUGAUCGACCAACAUCCCCAUCAACGCCCAUUCCGAGGAGAAACCCAGGACAUGACCGGAUUCGUCAGAAGGAGCAGAGCCGUGUAAAUCCGUUAUCCUGACGGGUGUGUUCCGGAGCGGUGGUCGUGAUUUUGGAUGGAAGAAGUCUAUUGUAUAACGUUAUCAAUCAGAGCUCUUUGAUGUGAACGGCAGCUGUAGAAGUUAGCAGCUUUAUUACUCUCUACUUUUCUCUUACAUCGUCGAUUUCACUGAAUUUCACUUCUGCACAACCGAAAAAUGGCAACCACGAUCGAUAAAGAGGCUUGCAGAGAGGCUUAUAACCAAGUCAGGGACGAUAACACGGACACAAACUGGGCUGCGUUCAAAUACGACGGCUAUAAUAUCGUGCCUGCAGGACAAGGGACCGACUAUGAGGACUUCAAGAAGAUGUGCACAGAUGAUGCUCGCUUGUUCGGCUUCAUCCGGAUCACGACAGGAGACGCCAUGAGCAAACGAGCAAAGUUCACCCUCAUUACCUGGAUCGGAGAGAACAUCAGCGGGCUGAAGCGUGCAAAGAUCAGCACAGACAAGGCAAAAGUGAAAGAGAUUGUGCAGAACUUUGCCAAGGAGUUCAUGUUUAGCGACCCGAGAGAGCUGGAUGAAGACAACAUCCGCGAUGAGCUGAAGAAGGCGGGAGGAGCCAACUACGACGCUCAGACAGAGUAGAAGAGCGCUGCGGUCCACUGGAAGGGUUGGGGGUUGGGGGGAAGGGGGAGGGGUCUGGGUGGGGUGGGUUGUGAUGAGUAGGGGUGGGGGUGUUGGGGCAGGGCUGCUACCUCUGAGGGAGAGGGUGAGGUAGGAAGAAGAGGGUGCAUGGUGGACGGGAACAAAACAAACUAGGCACACUCAUUUCACUGUCAAAGUGAGCUCCGGAAAAAACAGAGCUGCAGGGGAACGUUUCAGUCAUUUGCAAGAACACAGGAACCCACUAACACUCUUAGGUUAGCUCAACAGCUUAUCCACACACUCUGAGAAGCAGCUUCAGCGUUAGCUCAUAGAUCAGAUCCUGACUGUACAGGUUGUGUUGGUGCGUGCUGAAGUGAAGGGCACUUAUUCACCCAACUUCUCCUCUGUGAGAACGUCAGCUUUUGUACAUGUACGGACACCGGACCAAGGUGACACUUCAUAUUGUGCUUAAUAUUCAGGACAUAUGCCUUUUAGCUUUCAAAGAGGUUGCUAAGAAGAUCAAUACCUCUUUCCAUGUGUUAAUGAUAAAGUGUUACCUGGAUGUGUCAGCCGGUUAGCCUAGCUUAGCAUAAAGAGAUACUGAAACAGCUAGCCUGAAAAGCCGUAUCCCUGAUCCAAGACCUGUUUAACGUCUAUCAGAGACAUCUUUUAGCUUGUUACUUCGUUUAAAGUGUGAAAUGCAAAACUACUAAAUUACCUGUUUCCAUAUUCAGAGAACUCCUCCCCCUUUAAAAUCAUAGUCAGAUCCAGUACGAGUGUGGGCUCAGUCUAGGUCCACACAGGCUCUCUUCACCAGAGCCAGGCUAGCUGUUCUCUUCACUUCAGGCUCAUCUAAGUUAAUCUGCUGCCAGUCAUAGCUUCACAUUCAGUAGACCACUGUGACGGCAGUAGUGAUCUAUUUAUCUCCCCAGCAUAAAUAAGAAAUAUAAUCAGAGAACAUAAAAGGUAAACAUCAUGCUCACACAAUGCAGAGUCAUAAAUGAGUGUGUAAGUGUGUGUAAGCUCUCCAAGAUCAAAAGCUGCCUUCUCUCCUCUCCUACCCUCAGUCCUCUCCCCGGUCAGCUCAUGGUUGGUUAUCUACUGUUCUGUGCAUUAUCAUCUCAAACUCAUCCUCAUCUCUGCUGAGCUGCUGACGGCCUCAGAACUGGAGGAGUGGUGUUGAUAUAAUGAGGAUGUGAAAAAAACGAAAGAGUUUCACUUCAAAAUCUCAUUUUGUAAUCAUGUCAGAAUGAAUUCACGGUCAAGAACAAAACGCCUUCCUUUGAAAUGAAACUCUUCACGUGCAGACGUGACUCUCAGUCAUGAUACACUGUAACUCCAGGAGGGAAAGAUCUCCAUUUCUAACUUUUGUGAUGGUUGGCUUGCCUCGAGGUACGCUUGAGUCAUGGUGUUAAGUACACACACAACCACCUCUUCAUCUCCACACAGGCAGACAGCCUCAAACUAAACUCUUACAUCUGAGGUGGACUGUAAAUCAUCCUCCUGUCUUCACUUUGUGUGAGGAAUCCCUUACAUCAGUGAGACCACUCUUCAUCUUACCUUUUGCCUUCUUCUUUCUGCUUCUGUUGGAUGUGACUGUUGUCUCUCAGCGACUUACAGAGCUGGAGCCGGUUAUGUAAAAGAGUUUGUGACUCUGUAAUCCUCACAGAAGAAUAUUUGAGAGUAAAUAAAGAAACAGACGUUAGUCUGGUCCCUCAGCACAUCUUUGAAUGUUUUCAAAAUGGAGAUCUUUCCUUCUGGUGUCUCAUCUCACCAUCAUGAUUUACCACUGAAAGGUAUCAUUGCAUACUGUAACCUACUGUGUUUGACUGCCUUAGUCUCCCGGGGAGAGUGGGGCAUCAUGGGAUCUUGUGGACACUACACUGUGAUUGGCAAUCCUCUGUACAUGGGGGCAGCACAUGGCUCAUGGUUUCAUGGGCCUCAGCUCAUCAUCCCAACCCAGGAGGAGCCUUUCCUCGGUCGUAGCAUCUCUUUUUAUUUGGAUUAAACUCUCCCUCCUCCUGCAUAAAUUUAGGGUUCCCCCCCACCAUACCUGUUAUGUUAUUUUGUUUUUUGGAUGAAUUUAUUUUCUCUGGAAUUUUAGUAUCUGAUUUUAUUUGUAAGAACAUUGCUAUCUUGGACAUUGGUGGAAGAGUUUUCCAAAAAAAAAAAAAAAUUCAUGAAAAAGAAAGAAAAACAAAGUGGGCACAAAA